CCUCAAGGUUAGGUGAACUUCUCAGGGGGCAUCCUUUUUCCUCCUCUGAUUUCACGAAGCGGUGACGUUGCAAUCAGCAAUCAGCAAUCAGCAGCACCUCGAUAACAACAGCAGCGACCUCCAGCGACCUCAACCCAUAACCACCCACUCUGACAUUAUUCUUUCCUCCCUCACCACCUCAACUCUUCCCCUGCAACCCAGUUGCAACCCAAAUCAUGUCGCUGCAGGUCCCCUACCGAGGAAAGGCGUCUAGAGAGGCUGCCACCAAGGCCGUUAUUCUGGUCGGCGGCCCUUCCCGUGGCACUCGAUUCCGUCCCCUUUCUCUCGACGUUCCCAAGCCCCUCUUCGAAGUCGCCGGCCACCCCAUCAUCUGGCACUGCCUGGCCGCUAUCGACCGGGUCCCUGGCAAGGAGAUCACCGAGGUCCUCAUCAUCGGCUACUAUGACGAGACUGUCUUCCGCGACUUCAUCAAGGAUGCCGCCAGCGAGUUCCCCGAACUGACCAUCAAGUAUCUGCGCGAAUACGAGGCUCUCGGCACUGCUGGCGGCCUCUACCACUUCCGCGAUGCCAUCCUCAAGGGCCACCCCGAGCGCCUCUUCGUCCUGAACGCCGACGUCUGCUGUUCCUUCCCCCUCCCCGAGAUGCUCCAGCUCUUCCAUGACAAGAACGCCGAGGCCGUCAUUUUGGGAACUCGCGUCUCCAACGACGCCGCCACCAACUUUGGCUGCAUCGUCAGCGACGCCCACACCCGCCGUGUCCUUCACUACGUCGAGAAGCCCGAGUCGCAAAUCAGCAACCUCAUCAACUGCGGCGUCUACCUCUUCUCUACUGACGCCAUCUUCCCCUCCAUCAAGACCGCCAUCAAGCGCCGUACCGACCGCCCCUCCCGCCUCAUGUCCUACCCGAGCUCCGAGAACCUCGAGAGCAGCUUCAUCAUCACCGACGAAGACGACGAGGAGCGCAAGAACCAGGUCAUCCGCCUCGAGCAGGACAUCCUCGGUGACUUCGCCGACACGAAGUCCUUCUUCGUCUACGAGACCAAGGACUUCUGGCGCCAGAUCAAGACGGCCGGCUCCGCCGUCCCCGCCAACGCCCUCUACCUGCAGAAGGCCUGGCAGACCGGCUCAAAGGAGCUCGCCGAGCCCAGCGCCAACAUCAUCCCCCCCGUCUUCAUUCACCCCACCGCCCAUGUCGACCCCACCGCGAAGCUGGGCCCCAACGUCUCCAUCGGCCCCCGUGUCCACGUCGGCCCCGGCGCCCGCAUCAAGGAGGCCGUCGUCCUCGAGGACUCGGAGAUCAAGCACGAUUCGUGCGUCCUCUACUCUAUCAUUGGCUGGGGAAGCCGCGUCGGUGCUUGGGCCCGUGUCGAAGGCACCCCGACCCCCGUCGGCAGUCACACGACGAGCAUCAUCAAGAACGGCGUCAAGGUCCAGAGCAUCACCAUUCUCGGCAAGGACUGCGGUGUCGGCGAUGAGAUCCGCGUGCAGAACUGUGUCUGCCUGCCGUUUAAGGAGUUGAAGAGAGACGUUGCAAACGAAGUCAUCAUGUAAGCUGGCAGGUUUGGAGUACGUUGGAUGUGGUGAGGAUAACGAACGACGUAAUAAGGAAAGGAUUUGCAUUGGGGUCAGAUAAAGCUCCAUCAGUCUUCAUAGAUGCAUGCGUCUUUGGUCACAAAAAGCACAAGUCGAAUUCAGCCAAGUUAA